CUUCUCUCAAUAAAAAUUAAAAAAAAAAAAAAAAAAAGAGCUCCUUAAAAACCCAGCAAUCUGUAUUUCCUGAAAUCCCUUUCGGAAACUAUUAAUCCGAUUCUUCUUGUUAGUUUUAUCCCUGAUCAAAAUUUACUUGGGUUCCUCUCCCUCUGUUCAGUCUACGGUUCUCUCCAAUUCACUACUACCAACUUUUGAAAAAAAAAGAAGAAGAAGAAAGAAGCCAUGGACAGACGCCGCAGAAAACAAGCCAAGACUAGCACUUCUCGCUCUGAAGAGGUGAGCAGCAUUGAGUGGGAGUUCAUAAACAUGACUGAACAAGAAGAAGAUCUCAUUUGCAGAAUGUAUAAGCUCGUCGGAGACAGGUGGGCUCUUAUAGCUGGGAGGAUUCCAGGUCGGAAAGCAGAAGAAAUAGAGAGGUUCUGGUUAAUGAGACAUGGAGAAGUAUUUGCGAGUAGAAGAAGAACGGAGCUUACGACGACCAAUAACCGAUACAAUUCCUGAUCAUUUUCCCCUUGCCAGUAGCUAGGCAGUAAUUAGGUUAGGCUAAAGAAAAAUUAAUUUUCCCUGGAUUUGUUUUCUUUAUUUUUCCUUUUUAACUCCUAUCUAUGUGUGUCACAAGGUGAGGUAGUUGUAGCUCACCUGUCGAGCUAAAUUAUUGAAUUGAAACUACUUACCCUCUC